AUGGAAAGAAGCCACAGUCCAGGUAAUUGUAAUAUUUUUUAGUUGUUCUAAUUGUUGAUAGGAAGAAUAAAUGGAAAAUUUCUUAGAAUAUAUCAUAUGUUGGAAGCAUCUAUCAUAAUGAUGGCUUCUCUUUAGGUGAACCCAAGACUAUGGGAAGAAAUAACCUAACAAGACCCUCGGAAUUCAUCGUCCUGGGACUCUCCUCCCGACCUGAAGAUCAGAAGCCACUCUUUGCCAUGUUUCUCCCCAUCUACCUCAUCAUAGUGAUAGGGAACCUGCUCAUCAUCCUGGCUAUCCGCUCAGACACUCGCCUCCAGACUCCCAUGUACUUUUUCCUGAGUGUCCUAUCCUUUGUUGACAUUUGCUACGUGACCAUCAUCAUCCCCAAGAUGCUAGUGAACUUCUUAUCAGAGACAAAGACCAUCUCUUACAGUGAGUGUCUGACCCAGAUGUACUUCUUCAUAGCCUUUGGAAACACAGACAGUUACCUCCUGGCAGUCAUGGCCAUUGACCGCUACGUGGCCAUCUGUAAUCCCUUCCACUACAUCACCAUCAUGAAUCGCAGAUGCUGUGUUCUGCUCCUCAUCCUCUCCUUCUGCAUUCCACACCUCCACUCCCUCCUGCACAUCCUCCUGACCAACCAACUCACCUUCUGUGCCUCCAAUGUCAUUCACCACUUUUUCUGUCAUGACCAGCCAGUGCUAAAAUUGUCCUGUUCCUCCCACUUUGUCAGAGAAAUCACAGUCAUGACAGAAGGGCUGGCGGUCAUAAUGAUCCCCUUUUCAUGCAUUAUCAUCUCAUAUUUGAGAAUCCUCAUCACUGUUCUGAAGAUUCCUUCAGCCGCUGGGAAGCGCAAAGCCUUUUCCACCUGUGGCUCUCAUCUCACGGUGGUGACCCUGUUUUAUGGAAGCAUCAGCUACGUCUAUUUCCAGCCCCUGUCCAACUACACUGUCAAGGAUAGAAUAGCGACAAUUGUCUACACCAUAUUGAUUCCAAUGCUAAACCCAUUUAUCUACAGUCUAAGAAACAAAGACAUGAAGCUGGGCUUGAUGAAGCUCAUGCACAGGGUGAAAUGCCAGUAA